UACAUGCAGGGUCACAACAAGGGACGACUCCUCGAAUCUAGGGAUCGCCCAGGGAACCCCAAGCAGGGAGGCUAGACGGGGAAGUCAAACGAACCAGAAGGGAAACCACGGCCGGCCCUUCCGCAGCGAUGCCAUUGCCAAGGAAACGACCAUGUGCGCGCCUGCGAGACUCCACGGGAUGCUCCCCUGUGCAUUUCCAAGCAGGCCGGGACUCCUACCGGGCUCAGCUAGGCUGACUUCAACCCGAGCCCCCCGCCCCACCCCACCGAGGCAGAGGCCUAUUUAGACGGAGGCGUGCAGAAGAACCGAGAGAAACCCCGGCCUCGCGCGUCCGGGAAAAAGGACGAAGCAGCGGCUCCGGCAGGGGGCGCUGUGCGGGGUCUCCCUGCCCUGCCGGCUUUGACCCAUCCCGGCCGCCUUAGCAGGAGCUCCAGGCCCGGCAGUCUCCGAGGCUGCUCGGCCUCCGGAGGGGGGAAAAAUCAGCGGAGCGGCGGCUGUCUCGAGGUCAGGCGCGUCGCCAGGGCAACCGCUUGUCCCCCACCCUCCCCGCCAGGGACCAUGUUCACCAGCACGGGCUCCAGCGGGCUGUAUAAAGCGCCUCUGUCAAAGGGUCUAUUAAUAAUACCAAGCAUCUUCUCGCUACUACUGGCUCUACUCUUUCAGCAUUAUCAGAAGUUUUUUACCUACAAUCUGCAAGCAGUAAAAGAGGAAUUUCAGAUUUGGAGGUUGCUCUGUGGACGAACAGUGUGUCUUGAUCUUAAAGACACUUUUUGCAGUAGUUUACUUAUCUACAACUUCAGAAUAUUUGAAAGGCGAUAUGGCAGUAGAAAAUUUUCAUCAUUUUUACUGGGUUCCUGGAUGCUAUCAGUGAUGUUUGAUUUUGUCCUGGUAGAAGCUAUUGAAUAUUCUUUUGGCCUCAACAUCAGCAGCUUGCCUUCAGGAUUCUUGGGGCCUGUAUUUGCUCUUUUUGUUCCAUUUUAUACCUCCAUUCCAAGAGUGCAAGUGACACAAAUUCUAGGACAAUUUUCCAUCACAAACAAGACGCUGGUUUAUAUAUUGGGUUUGCAGCUUUUAACCUCUGGGUCUUACAUCUGGAUUGUAGCAUUAAGUGGGCUGAUUUCUGGAAUGUGCUACAGUAGUAGUCUUCUAAAAGUGUACCGCAUACUUUGUGUUCCCUCUGGCAUAGCAAAGAUAUUUGCUCGGACUCUUGAACCAAUUUUCUCAUCAGCGGAGCCCUCUAAUGAAUUUGGAGUUGGAAUGGGAGCAACUAUUGAUAUACAGAGGCAACAGCGGAUGGAGCUACUUGAUCGACAGAUCUUGGUCUCUCAGGUUGCUCAGAUGAGGCGACAAAGACAAGGUGGAAUAGUCAAUUGGAAUCGUUUCUUUCCUCCUUUACGUCACCGACCUAAUGCAAAUUAUUUGGAUAAUCACCCAACUGUGCAGGAGGGACGGCCUCCAGCUGAAGUUUCUGAAGAACAGGUUGCACGGCUCAUGGAAAUGGGAUUUUCUCGAGUAGAUGCUUUGGAAGCUUUGAGAGCUUCUAAUAAUGACCUUAAUGUAGCCACCAACUUUCUGCUGCAGCACUGAUGAAUUGAAUACCUGCAGGGAAGAACUUAAAUUGACACGUGUCAUGUGCUUUCCAGAGGGCUGUAAACAACUGCAGGGUAGACACUUGAAUGUUUAAAUCAAGAAAAAGAAGCUGCCUCUUCACAUGCAAUAUAUUACUGCAGAAAAGAUGGCUGGCACUGGAAAUAUCUUUCCCUUGAAUGGAGUAUACUAGCCAGGUUGCACUGGAAAAGUGUUUGCAAUCAUAAACAUAUGUUAUAUAGCAAUAUUUAUUUUGCAAAAUCGGGUUUAUGUCUUGCCCCCCACCCCCAAAAUCAGCAUUACAUGUUUGAUCAUUUCUGAUAACAAAGAAAAAUGUUUUUUUCUUAAAACAAUUCCGUUUACACACACACCCAAAAAAAUAUUUUGUUUACAUAUAGCCAACAAAGCAACCUUUCUUUUUCUUAUUAUUAUUUUUAAAUACUACAUUUCAUUCAUCUGCUUAUCAAAGCUUCAAGAAAUGUGCAAAAUUCCUUGGCCAUGUAAUUUCAAUAAAGGGAGAAAGGACUGAAAUCUUGUAUUCAGAAGAUUGUAUUCAUAUUUUUUUUUAAGGGUUGGGAGAGCACGCAAAACAUGGCUUCUGGAAUUUUUUUUCAACCCCUUUACAAGCCGUGUUUAUGUAUGGCCUGUGGAGCAUGAGGCAGGCUGCAUCUGCUUUGCCUUAGCUCGUGGGACCGGGGAAGGGGGUUAAAUAAAAGAGUGUAGCAGGGAGAAGAUAGCAACUUUCUAGGCUUCCUUUCUUAUGAGGAUGCAUUGGGACAAUCUACCUAGCCAUCUCCAACCAAUGUUUGAACUUGGUCUAACUUUGGUCAUCUUCUCUGCCUUGAACAAGCAGUCUUCUAAGGUCCCUUCCAGCACUAUGAUUCCCUAUGGCAAAAUUGGUCAUGCUCCAUUCACUUUUGGACUGGACCAUUCACUGGCAAGUCAAUAGGCACAUGGGUAGACUCCUAAGCUCCUUUAUAUAAAUGUAGUCCUUGACUUACAGCAGUUCAUUUAGUGACCGUCCAAAGUUACAACAGCACUGAAAAAAGUGACUUAAGAUUGUUUUUCACACUUACGACUUUUGCAGCAUCCCAUGAUCACAAUUCUGAUGCCUGGCAACUGGUUCAUGUCCCAGGGUCAUAUGAUCACUCUUUGCAACCUUCUGACAAGCAAAUUCAAUGGGGAAGCCAGAUUCAGUCAACAACAAAGGGGAAAUUAUCUAUCUAAAACACAUUUCAGAAGACCAACUGGAUGGGAAUGAGGUCAUGGACAGUUGUAACUUGGUCCUCCUGCAUGGCAAGGUUGCAACUGGCGCAUUAGCUAGCAGGGAGCCUUCCCGCCAGGACUGCCGCCUAUUCAGUCAGGACCCAUGAAUCCAGAAGGACCCAUAAAUCAUGAACCUGUCUUUCAUGGGUAAUGGUUGCUUAUCCAGAGGUAACACUGAUGUCUAGAGAAAACCUCCUAUCCAAAUCAGUCAAUGAGGGUGUUGAGAGCAUCUCCCCGACAGCCUGGGCUGGCGAUAUAGUUGGGUAAUGUUAGUGUAGUGAUGAUACUGCUGUACCCAAAGACUUUGGAUGACUUCUCCCGGUAGUUUCAUACAAACCUUAGAGAAUAGGAGAGAGGACCAACCCCCUGUAGAAUCUGACAUUGCAGAAACCACUACAAUUCCUCCCAUUCCCCCACCAUAGACUAUAACCACCCAGUGAGGAAGGAGCAGUUUAUAUUGUAAAACAGUAUUGGAAACUCUUGUAUUCCAUUUAUUUUCUUUUCAGGGUAGGUUUUUGAUCAGUUUCCCUGAAUAGAAAUAUCUAUUUCUUGUAAAUAAACUCAGAUGUACGUGUCACAGUUAAAACCAGAAUAUUUAAAAAAGUCUUUCUAUAGAAUGAGAAUUGUAAAAACAACUAACCCAAAGAACCCCUUCAUACCGUCUUUCAGAUAAUAGUUUUUCUUUUGUGCUUUUUCAGAUGCUUUGCUUGAUAGAAUCUUUCCAUUGUUCAGAUUUUGUCUUGAUAACCUUUCAGAUUCUUUCAGAUUCUACUACAUUGAAUCAGCCUACUACAUAGUCUCUCCUAAAGAUAAGACAUGUAAUUUCAGAAUCAUACUUUAAGCAUGCUUUCUCACAGUAAAGUUUAUACCAAAAGUAACAUUGCUGAGAAAAUGAGAUCAAAAGAGUGAAUUUUACAAAAUCCCCAUCAAGAAGGUUACAGGAAAACAUCUUUUUUUUUAUGAAGGCUCAACUGUGUAUAACUCCAAAUAAUCUUUGAAUAAUCAGCUAUGAAUAAUCUUUAAGACACCGUCGAGCCUACCAGCAACCUUCUUUGAGGACAUGGCUUUAAAUACUUCUGAUCUUCGGCUGACUUCCAUAGCAGGAACUUUCACCCUAGGUGAGAAAAAAGGCUCAUAAAGCUGUUGGCAUUUUUUUUGUCCGUUCUUAUCUUUGUUCAUUCUUUCUAUUUUUAUAAACUUUAGGCAUUGCCAGAUUUUGUUUGGAUUUUUAAUUGGUGCCUCUACUAUUUAUCCUUUGGGACUAUCCUCUUCUCCCAUCUACCCCAUUUCUUAGUUAGUUCUGUUUAAGAAUAGUCAUAGUUUGUAUUUUGAGACAAAAUUAUUAGGCAGAUUGUUUCAUCAGAUUUUUGGCGGUUGCUGUUACUGAUAUUUAGAUUUAUUAAUUUAUUAUUUAAAUGCAUUUAGAUUUUUUUCCUAAUUUCUGCAUACUUUUUUUUUUCUUUCCUUGACUGUAUUACACCCAAUUAAGGUCUCCUUGAUUCUGUUAGAUGUGCUGAUUGGCACUAAAAAAAAAGUCAGCGAAGUAUCUAGAAACAUAUAGAUCAUUCCAAACUUUUUAAAAAAAGUUUAUUGUAGUUAGAAUAUUAUUUUUCAUAAUUUUUUUUCAUUGCAAGAAGCAUAGGACUGAAGAACAAAUAGAAAAUAGUAAAAAGAAAAAUGGAAAAUUGAUCAUUUAUAAAAUGGUUACUCACUGAAAUAUAAUUUCAGUAAUAGUAAUUUUUACUUAUUUUAGACAUUUGCAAAAAUAAUAUCGACAAGCUUCUUUCAUAUCUACUUAAUAUAUACUGUAUAUAUAAUAAUAUAUCCUAAGCAAUAUCCCAGCUGAACAGAGAUGAAAUUAAGCUUGCUUGAUUGUCUUAGACAAAUUUAACAGGGUUCAAUCCUGACACUGUUAGUGAAUUAGAUCACUGUCCUCCUGCCAAUUAUGGUUCUCCACACUCAGUGGAAACCACAGCUUUAGCAUUGCGUUAUUUGUAUUAUGCAUUUGCUGCAAACACUACUGUAAAUUACAUCCGCAUGCAUUUGCCAUCAUAUCUUUGCCUUUUUGUCAUGCUUUUGAUUUAGUGAAACACUAAAGAAGUUCUCACUUCAGCAGAGCUUGUAUUCAGUUUAUAUAAACACUUGUGUAAGUAUAAAAGCAAUUUGUAGAGUUUUCAGGGACUUCCAAGAUAAGAAAGUCAUUCACAGAGGAAGACAUGAACCAAACACAAUUAAGAAAAACUAAGUUGGGUGAAAUGAAAAAAAAAAUUCUAUUCCCCCCACCUUUUAAUUUGUACAUUUCAAGGUAGAGUACAUAAUGUUUUCCCCCACAACAACCACCCUAUGAGAUGGGGCUGGCAAAGUCUGAAGCUAACUUUCAUGCCUGAAGGAAGACAAGAGGUCCUGGUAUCCAGAUUUAAGUGCUGCACCCAAUUGGCUCUCAUAUAUGAGAGUUAUAUGAGAUGAACAGCCCCAUACUCUUUCCAAAGUUUUUCCCUUCCAAAGUACUUUUAGUUCAAGAUUCCUUCAAGGCAAUUUCAAUUUUGAGGUAACAUUUUGGCUAUACAAAAUGCGUUCCAUCACAGAUUGAAAUGGAAUGAAUAAUAAUACAGGUAGUCCUCAAAGUACGACAGCAAUUGAACCCAAAAUAUAUAUUGCUAAGUGAGAAGUUUGUUAAGUGACUCUUUCCCCAUUUUACGAAAUUUUUUUGCCACAUUUUACAAAAUAUCUUGCAACAUUUGAUAAGUGAAUCACUGCAGUUGUUAAAUUAGUAAUACGGUUGUUAAAUGAAUCUGGUUUCCCCAUUGACUUUGCUUGUCGGAAGGCCACAAAAGGGGAUCACAUGACCCCAGGACACUGCAACCAUGAUAAAUAUGAGUCAGUUGUCAAGCAUCCGAAUGUAAAUCACAUGACCAUGGGGGAUGCGGCAACGGUCAUAAAUGUGAAAAAUUGUCAUAAGUUUUUUUCAGAGCCAUUGUAAUGGUCACUAAAUGAACAGUUGUAAGUUGAGGACUACCUAUUUUGGCUUGUAUGACGGAAAUAUUUUAAAUAUAGAGAAACAACUCAAUAAAGACAUCAUGUUAAUCUUGAAAGGAAUUAAAAACCUCAGGCUGUGCUGGAGGUUUUUCUUUUCAAAGUUAAAGAUGCCUGUAUUCAGGUACCACAGGUGAUGUUGUAUGCUUCGUAAACAAAGAAGAUUAUCUUGACAAAAAAAGAGUAGGCUUAAUUAUAUCUUUUUUCUGUUGCUUAGCUGUGUCAGGAAUGUUUCUUCUACGUGAAAUCGAAAAACAGAUUAUGAUACUGGAAAAUCCUACUGAUUAAUUGUUCUCUGUAGCAGAAAGUGCUUCGGUGUGUGCACAAAAAGCUAACCUGCACCCUCUGCAGGCCAUCCUUGUCCAGUUCGUAUUAAAUUGGUAGUUAUUUAUGUAGCACUUGGCUUUGUGCUCAUACAACAGAACUAUAUACCCUGGAACCUAUUAGGAGGAAGAUGAACUCCAAAACCCUUCCAGCUGGAUUCUCUUUGCCUGCUCCUACGCUUUCGUCUGCAUAGCCCCAUUUAGGAGUGCUGCUCCUUUGUCAAUCAAAGCAGGAACAACUGGUAGGAAUUCAACAUUGUGUAUGCCCACCAGGGCAAGCAUUUUCAGAGUUGUUGAAUUCAGGCCUCCUCAGAAUAUGCUUGUAUGUAUCUGAACAGAAUGGAAUUCUACAUUUGGAGAUUGGCAAGGUUUCCUUUGAUUGUCAGGAUCCAGUGGAAUUGUCAGUGAAAGAAAGGAUUCAUGCUACAUGGGGAAAUUCCCAAUAAUAUGUGAGUCAUGAGCAAGAAGAAAUAACAGGUUAUAUACGGGGAUCUCCUGGAAAGCCAGUCCUAUUUUGAGUCAAAGCUAGUAGCUUGAAUUUGGCUAUGAAGUUAUGUGAGAUCUCUAGGUUUGGCUACUGUCCUGUGGAAAAGGAAAGGGCAUAAACUCCAUCUAGACACUCAUGUUUAUCUCAACUAUAAUUGUUCUGAUAUACUGUUAUUUUGUUAGCGUUAUAUACCAUCCAUCUCUUAGGACAGCAGUCCCCAACCUUUGCAGCUUAGUGGCCCAGCUGGGGGUGGGUGGGAGAAGAGAACUGGGUUCUGACUUUGGCAGGCUGGUGUAUGCAACUCAACUUGCAUGAGCGUUGGGUCGGUGUAUACAUGCAUGUGCCUGCAGUUCGACUUGCACAAAUUGAGCUGCAAGCCGGCUCGCCACUCACACGUCAAGCUGUGCAUGCGCCAGCGCACCACUCACAGGGCCUGGUUCAAACAGGCCACAGCCCAGUAGCGGGACGUGGCCCAGAGGUUGGGGACCCUUGUUUUAUGAGACUGAGAAUCCCCACUGUUGCUAUUAACUGAAAGCAACACAAAGUUACAUUAUAUAAACUAUCCCCAGUAUUUUUAUGUUAGGGCCAUAAAACUCACCACACAUGCAGAGCGGGGGAAGGGGGCACCCUAAUACAAAUUUUGGAUGUAUAAACUUCCAAGUCUCUUAAUGCUAUUGUGUUGAUUUUGUAUUUUGUAUUUAAUCUGAUUCAUUUGUUUAGGAUUUUUUUUGCUCUAUUGUUGUUAAAGGAUGUGGUCUGUACAUAAACAUUUUAAAUAUAAAUUCUGAAUAGAGACUGUCAUGCUUUUUAUACUUGCAUCUGAUUUCAAGCCUGAUGUCAGUUGAGUUUGUAUUACUCAAUUCCUAUCCUGAUAUCAGGGACAUGAUGGCUCAGGGGCUAGGACAUUGAGCUUGUCGAUCGAAAAGUCGGCAGCUCGGCGGUUCAAAUCCCUAGUGCUGCCGUGUAACGGGGUGAGCUCCCGUUACUUGUCCCAGCUUCUGCCAACCUAGCAGUUUCGAAAGCACGUAAAAAUGCAAGUAGAAAAAAUAGGGACCACCUUUGGUGGGAAGGUAACAGCGUUCCGUGCGCCUUUGGUGUUGAGUCAUGCCGGCUACAUGACCACGGAGACAUCUUCGGACAGCGCUGGCUCUUUGGCUUUGAAACGGAGAUGAGCACCGCCCCCUAGAGUCGGCAACGACUAGCACGUAUGUGUGAGGGGAACCUUUAUCUUUACCUUUUUAUCCUGAAAUCAGAAAUUGCCAUUUAAAUUGUCUACAUCCCCUGAGCUGUUACCAUUUCAGAAACAUUGUACAAAGUCAAUAUGGGCUCUUGUCUCAUAUUGCCAAUUUCACCAUGGGACAGAUCAGAACAGGAGCUCAACCAAGUAGAAACUGGGCCAAAUUUAACCUUAUAGAGAUUAGCAGAUGGAAUAUAUAAUGUGAGAUCACAGUGAAACGGCAGAAGGCAGAAAGCAACUUCUGAUUUAGAUGUGAAAACUAGGCACAAAAUGAAUAUUCAAUAUAAAGGGUUUACAGUAAAAUUAAGAUUUUCUUUGCUUUCCUGCCUUAAUGGUUUAUAUAAAUGUUAAUGUGCAGAAGAUAAAGAUGAAAUUCUUGGAAGAACUACUGUAUAUUUAUUCUAUUUUCAUUAAUUGAGCAAGUUCCCCACACUUUGUCCAGAGAAUAGUUUCAAUAAUGCCUUGGACAAUUUCUCAGAAUAUAAAUUACAGAAAUCAAGGGAAAGACCAUCUGUUAUGGUAACUUUCUGUAAUGGUCUAAGUUGCCUGUAAUGAUGUGGCUAAGAACUGAAUCAGGGCAGCCAGCCAGUAGCUGGAGAAGGGAAGGGAUUUGCAUCUGUUCUAAAUAAGCUGAGAAGCAUGAUUGUUAUCCAUGGUAACAUUUUACCAAUGUUCAAUGUUUUUGGAAAACAAUACCUGUAUUGUUACACUGAAUGCUUUAAUAAUUCUUGUAUAGCAUUUUUAAUGGGUGACAUGUUGUUGCAUCCACACCACAGGUAACAUGCAGGUAGUACUCACAUGAUGACUAGUUGCUUAAUAGCCAUUCAAAGUUAUGACAGAGCCCCCCAAAGCUACUUAUGACCCAAUUUCAGAUGGGUUUCUGAUGGAACACCUUCCCCACAGUGACAUGAUUACAUUUUGGGUGUUUGGCAAGAGGAUCACCUAAACAGCCAUUUGUAACAUCCCAGAGUCACCUGGCUGCAAUGUUCAAUUUAUUUAUUUAUUUAUUUAUUUUGCUGGUUUUCAGCACUUACUUCCAGUUUCUGGCAAAAAAAAAAAAAUCCUAUUGGAAACUCCUCCCCAAGUGGAGUGGUGAAUGGUAAGAGGCUUUUUCUCUCUUGCUAACAAUCUGCUGAUUUUGCUGCCAAAGCUGGUUUUCUGGCAGUGCUGCUUCCUGGAUUUGAAUGGGAGUAUUUAGGAAUGACCCAUGAUGACUUUUGGACAGCCGUGGAUCACUGGGAAGGAAAGUCUUAAAGAUAUCAGUUCUCUUGGGCAUCCAUCUUUCUUUUGACAUUUCGGAUUUUUAAAGCAUGCCUGGGCUUUAACUUCACUUUUUGAACUUUUACUUUAUCUUUUUAUCUUUAGACUGGCUGACUGAAUGCUGAUUUAUUUCAACCUCCUGCUGGACUCUAGCUAUUCUUUGUUUUUUUUUCCUUUUCAUUUAUGCUGUUGCUCUAAAUAAUGUAUGUUUUCCCAUAUGGCCUGUUCUUGGAUGGUGAAGUGCUUUCAUUUGAUUUGCAUUAAUAUUGGACUCUCACUACAGGGUUUUUGCUUUUUUUUAAUUUGCAAAAUACUUGGAGUUUAUUGCUUUUUAAUUUUUCUUUUAAUCUUGGAUAGAAAUAUCCAGAAAA